GCGCCGUGGGCGACCUCGCGUGAGUGAGUUGAGACAGCUAACAGGUGGGAAACGCGGCUCUUGAAGGUGGGCGACCUUGACGUUUUUGCUAUGGGCAAACGCGGGAGCCGGAGCCACAGCCAGCUGCUCAACACCCUGACUAAAAAGCAGAAGAAGCAUCUUCGGGAUUUCGGCGAGGAGCAUCCCUUUUAUGACAGGGUUUCAGGAAAGGAAGCAAAACCACAGAUUUAUCAACCGUCAGAGAGUUCAGAUACUUCAGGUUCUGAAAGUGAAGCGGAGAGCGAACCAGAGCAAGUUUCUGGGUACCACAGACUACUCGCCACAUUAAAGAAUGUUUCAGAGGAAGAGGAAGAAGUGGAAGAAGACAGUGCUGUAGAUGAGGCAGAAAUGGACGAUGAUGAUGGUGAAAGCGAUGUCACCGUGGAGGAAGAGACAGCGCCCGAGUCUGCCGAAGUGCGGGAGAGUCCUCCUGACCCUGAGGGAAAAGGUGGGGAUGGGCCACUUGGCACAUCACGAGAAUCCUCCGAGGAGUUUACAGAUGCAAAACACGAGUCACUCUUCAGCCUGGAAACCAAUUUUCUUGAAGAGGAGAGUGGAGGCACGUGUUCUCUGAAUGCAUCACAAGAUCCAUUUCUACAGCAUGUGAACAAAGAACUGAAAGAAAAAGAAAUUCAAGCUGUUGCCACAAAUCCCAAAACUACUCACCAGCUAAAAUGGCCCAUAUUGGGCCAGCUUGUCUUUUCAUCGAAGUUUCAGAAGUUGGAAACAUUUAAACCAUCAAAGGACAUUGACUUAAAGUCACUUCAUCUCCAGAAGCCUCUGGAAUCCACCUGGACCAAGACCAACAGCCAGUUCCUCUCUGGUUCCCCUAAAUCAAGUAGCCCCUUCACACCCCUCCAGAAAGAGCUCUUCCUAAUUAUGAAUUCUUACCGGGACCUUUUCUACCCAGAAAGGACCACCCUGAAGAAUGGGGAGGAGAUCCGCCAUGUGUACUGCUUGCAUGUAAUAAAUCAUGUCCUCAAAGCCAACGCCCAGGUGCUCGGUAACAAUAGCAGACGCCGCAGCCAGAAACUUGGGGUGGGUGACGAUGAUGACUUCAGAGACCAAGGGCUAACAAGGCCCAAGGUGCUGAUAGUGGUGCCCUUCCGGGAAGCUGCUCUGCGGGUGGUCCAGCUCUUCAUCAGCCUCCUCGAGGGCGACAGCAAGAAGAAAAUAAUUGUGAGCAAUAAAAAGAGGUUUAAGGGAGAGUAUGGCUCAGAUCCUGAGGAGAGACCACCCAACCUAAAGAGGCCUGAGGAUUAUGAAGCUGUGUUUGUCGGCAACAUCGAUGACCACUUUCGGAUCGGAGUGGCAAUCCUUCAGAGGAGCAUCCGACUGUAUGCCCCCUUUUACUCCUCCGACAUCCUCAUUGCCUCCCCGCUGGGCUUGAGGACCAUCAUUGGUGGAGAAGGAGAGAAGAAGAGAGAUUUUGACUUUUUGUCUUCUAUUGAGCUUCUCAUCAUUGAUCAAGCUGACAUUUACCUGAUGCAGAACUGGGAGCAUGUCCUGCAUUUGAUGAACCACAUGAACCUACUGCCAUUGGAUUCACAUGGGGUGGACUUCUCUCGAGUGAGGAUGUGGAGCCUCAAUAAUUGGUCCAAGUAUUAUCGCCAGACACUGCUUUUCGGGGCCCUGCAGGAUGCCCAGAUCAACUCCGUGUUCAACAAGUACUGUGUCAAUCUGCAAGGCCAGGUGGCUGUGAGGAACGUCCCAAUGACAGGCUCCAUCAGCCAUGUCCUGGUGCAGCUUCCACAUGUCUUCCAGAGGAUGGAAGCUGAAAACCUAGCUUCAGUGAUUGAUGACAGGUUUAACUUUUUUGUGAACAAGAUUUUGCCUCAGUAUCGUGAUGCAGUCAUGUCUCACACGCUCAUCUAUGUCCCCUCCUACUUUGACUUUGUGCGCCUCCGAAAUUACUUCAAGAAGGAAGAACUGAACUUCACCCACAUCUGCGAGUACACCCCGAAGUCUGGUGUCUCCAGGGCAAGACACUUCUUCCUUCAAGGAGAGAAGCAGUUUCUGCUCCUCACAGAACGCUUCCAUUUCUACAAAAGGUAUACCAUAAAAGGGAUCAGGAACCUGAUUUUCUAUGAACUGCCAACAUAUCCCCACUUCUAUAGCGAAGUCUGUAACAUGCUGAGAGCCACCAGCAGAGGAGAGGAAGCCACCUGGACUUGCACUGUCCUCUACUCCAAGUACGAUGCCCAGAGGUUGGCUGCUGUGGUUGGCGUGGAGCGGGCUGCGCAGAUGCUGCAGUCCCACAAGAACGUCCACCUCUUCAUUACUGGAGAAAGAUGAGAACUUGUUGGACAGGAAACGGUAUUGGCGGGAUGCUUGGUUCUGUGCCACUUGGACCCAAUUCUGAUCACUUACGCAAGGACUGCUCCAGGAAGGAGCACCGGGCAGCAGCGGAGCGGAUACGUCUUUCUCUUUAGGUCACGCGUCCCUGAAAAGUUAAAUGUAAACCAGAUUCUGGGCACAUCUUUCAGAGAUCAGGAGGGAGCUAAUAGAACUCUGAGAGGUUGGCAGAAGGAAAAAGUUCUACUUGUGAAACUUUUUGUAAGCCAUAAAUUCUUCUGGUGUUAUUUUAUUCUCUAAUUUAUUACACUUGGUAAAUUCUUUCAGAUUCGCCUAUUUCUGUCUGAUGCUUCCUUAAAGUAAGGCAUACCUGUCAUUGCUUGUGAGAAUUGGUUGUGAGAAUAUUGGGAGACUUCUUGCUGCUGAGUAUCAUCUUAAUUGUGGAUCACACGUGUUUUGCAAAACUAUUAUUUUUCCCCAGCCAAACUUUUUUAAAUCUUAAAUAUUCUAUUCUAAUUCAGCCUAGAAGAAUACAUUCACUGAUUUUUUUUAACUCACAAUAGUAAAUGUUUUAAAAUAUACACUUAAAAUCGUGU